CAUGUUUUAAUACCUCGCCGAUUUUCAAGCGCCAUAAAUUUGCACAGUUAAAGCCGUAACGAGGAUGACUUAGAUAAGGAACCUCAGAUAAGGAUUCAACAAGUGUACAAUCAAGGAGAACAAUCAUGAAGAUCUGGCAAACGAUCGUCACGAUCUACACCUUCGUCUUCGCUCCGUCGAUUGCCCUAGUGUUGUUAUGCUCGUACCUCUAUCGACGCUUGGUGGACGUCCUGUUGUGGAUACAGUUUAAAGAUAAAUACGUUGGCCUAAUGGAUGGAACCGAUCGAAUUUGGGCCGUGGAGGAUCCUCCGGCCCUCUCGGUGAACAAUAUCCUGUUGAUUCUGGAAAAGGACGCUCGUCAUUCGAACGCAAACUUUUUGGAAAGUUUUCGCGACCUGGCGAAGAAUCGCAUACUCGCCUCCCCAUUCGAAAAGCUGCUGUAUAAGAGGAGGAAUAAGUUUGGCUACCAUUUCUGGGAGAGGAGUGACGAUAUCGAUCUAACUGAACGAGUCAGAUGGCUGGAAUAUGAGCGUACGAGCUGCGACGGGUCCUGCGACAAUAUUUACAGCGGUCAUCUGAAGAGGGUUCUCUGGAACGUUUGCAAUCAGCCCCUACCCGAAGGUCACACCGCCUCGUGGGAGAUUCUGAUCGGAAAAUGUUGCCCCAGAUCGAGCCACCACUAUCUGCGAAAAUUGGAGGAACGUCUGACCUGCAGAAUCCGUAUUCCCGUGUUGUUUCGCGUUCACCAUUCCCUGGGCGACGGUAUGGCCCUGCUGAAGUUCUUCAGGGAGGUCAUCGUCGACGGGGAACCGAUUCGAGAGACGUAUCUACAGCUGGAAUACACGAGUUUCAGAACGAACAACGAGGGGACGGAGGAGAUCGCUACGACGGUGCCCGAGAUAGGAAACAGACGUUUGCAGUGGUACUUUCAAAAGGACCUGAUGUCUGCUUCUAUGCCGUUCAUCCACUUUGUCGUCUUCUGCGAUGUCGUUAAAUACUUGAGGGGACAGUUUGGGCAUGGAUUGAAGUAUCUUCUGAGCGUCACUGCGGAGGAUUUGAAACGGGAAAUGAUAGCACUCGCGAAAAAAGAAGGAGGCAGAUUGAAAGCUUUCAUCUUGGUUGAUGUUUGGAAAACGGUGAAGAAAUGGCUGAAGAUGGCGAAGAUUCUCGUCGGUGUUCCCGCGUGUUUGGUUCAACAGGCUUUUCGUAGCAUGGACAAAAGCGCUCUCCACGGGGCAGGAUUGUCGGGGGAAAAGUUAGUUUCUUACUGGUUAGAGGACGAUUUCAAGAACGCCAGCGAUCAGAAGCUCUUCACGAAGAUUCAAAACAUAAAAAGUAUCACGGGUGCAAGAUUCGGGGACGUGUUCCUGGCUGCUCUGUCCGCAAGUCUGCACAAGUACUUUCUUAAUAUGAACGAACCUACACCGAAUAAAUUGAGCGUUAUUCUACCAACGAAACUGGAGGAGUGGAGCGAAAAUUUUCCAUUGCAGAAUAAUUUCUCGGUCGGUAUAUUGCCGUUAUGCGUUUCCCAGAUAAAUGGCAAACCGUCCACAGAUCCAAGAGAGAACUCGCAAAUUUUGGAACGUCUCGAGGACGUUAAAAGUGCGAACGACGCACUGAGAACAAGUCCUGACUACUUGGCCAACUUUUUAGUCAUGAAGUACAUUUCAGCCGUACUUCCAGAGAGAUUUCUGCGGCCGAUGCUAGAAAGCCAAUGUACUAUGGUGUUUAGCAACUUGGUUGGCCCUCAGGAAGCUAAAAUUUUAGGGCACUCGUUGAAGAAUAUCGUUUUCUGGAUACCAAACAGGAGCUACACAGGAAUCGGAUGCUCGUUGUUAACUUAUCGGGGUUACUUGCACAUGUCUUUGGUUGCUGAUAAGGCGUUGGUGCAAAACGACACAGCUCUUACAGAGAUAUUAGAAAAUACAGUGAGCGAAAUCGAUAAUCUUUACGACAAACUGACGUUAUCGUUUUUCUCGAAGAAGCUCCGCAGGAGUAUACAACACCCAUGAAAAAAGCAGUCGGCGUGUAGGAAAAUUGCGGAGUCCAUGUUUUGGAAUAUCUUCUACGGAAACUUGUGAUAAAAGAUAAUAUUUCGUCCCCAACAUCUUGUAAAUAUUUGUUUGUAUGCAAUCAUUCCUUUUAAACCCUUUUUUAAGACGUUGUACACAUACAUUGUUACAUACGUUGAAUUAACGAUUUCUGAAAAAUAUAUUAUCUUGAAAAUGUU